UCAUCCUCACUUUACGCAUGUCAACGUUUUUAUGGUACUUUUACAGCAUUUUGUAACUGCCAAAUAUUUUUCCCACCCUUCCUCCCAUCCUUCGUCUUAUGCUUGUUGCUACCUCUUGUAUAUUACGUUCAUACCCGUUAUAUACAACUCUUUUUCGUCGAAACAUGUCAAAAUUGUCCGAAUCGCAGCGUGAUACUUUGCUAAAGCCUCUGUUGGAUUCCAACGGCUGGGCCAUGGUUACUGAUCGCGACGCCAUUAAGAAAUCCUAUGUGUUUAGCGACUUCAACGAGGCAUUCGGAUUCAUGUCGCGAGUCGCUCUCCGAGCUGACAAAGUAGAUCAUCACCCGGAAUGGUUUAAUGUUUACAACAAGGUGGAGGUUACACUCUCCACUCAUGACUGCCAAGGCCUAUCGACCCGAGAUGUUGAUUUGGCCAAAUUUUGUGACAAGGUGGCCAAGGCUUCCAAGCAGUAGUUCUACGUUGUUGCAUAGUUUAGUGGUAUUUUUUUUUUGUA